UACUAGUUUGUUCCAUAUCUUUCAAGUGUUCCAUCAUAGAAUUAUUGGAGGAAACAUACCAGCUUCAGUUUAAGCCAUUCUGAAGACAUACUCUGUACUCUGCUUCUCCUUAAUUGCACUCCUUUACGCAUACAUACCACACAAGUGCCAUUGAUAAGAAAACCCAGAGGAUUAUCAUGGAUAUCUACGGCCGACCAGAGCAUGAUCCGGAAUUCCAGGUACUUAAGGCGUCUUGCCCAAAUAUUACAACAGAGUACCUAUAUACCCUAUGGAAUCUAGUAUACCAGUCACGUCAGCAAAACCAGUACAGCAAACCUAUGCCGUGGAUUGGGAUUUAUAUAGCAUUAGCAUCUCUGCUUUGUGUCGUUGCAAUGGUGGCUGAUUUAUUACAUGGUUUGCGAAACAGAAAGCUCUGGUUUCCAUGUGAUAUGGACCAGGCUACAAAGCUUGGAAGCAUGAGCUUUAUGUGCACCAUGAUGGCAAAUUUAUUGCCUUCUUUAGCAACCUUGGACGACAAGGAGCUAGUCUCCAACAUGAUAGCUCUAGCUGUUAUGUCCAAACAGAUUCUAGAAUCCAAAUACCAAACAGCUAAUCAAACAGCUUUAGAGGAUCAAGAGCUGAAUGUCGGAAGAUUAACUGUUGAGAAGCUAUAUCAGCAUGUGAGAAAGUACUGGAUCAUGGCAGGAACCGGAAGCCCUCAAUUUAUGACAGUUUGCUCUAUUACAACAUCUGCUUCCGGGGUAAUAUGUGCUGCAAGCACUGGCUUCUUUAUUUCAGUUAUGAUUCACAGAUAUCCACGUGUAGGACAUCAAGAGGACUAUAGGUCGGAUUAUAAGUGGUCAAUGGUAGUGAUUUUUGUGAUACAAUCUAUCGGAGUGAUACUGGGUACAAUUGCCCCGCUUGCCAGAUGUUUUUCUACAUUAAGCUUUGACAUGUCAAUAAAAUGGAUUUGGAAGCAUUUGAAGAUCUCUAUAGUAGAAGAGAGCUACCGGACUCAGAAGUUAUAUGAUUGGAAACAUAGUUGCAUACCAUUCCUAUCCGGUGCUCGCAAAUGCAAGAUUGUCAUUCAACAUUUGAAAAUCCAAAGUAUCAUUCUUUGUAUAGGAUUUCAGAAGAUAGUCGCUAUAGCAUGCAAGAUGAUAACCAUGAUUACAAUUCUCAUUUUGAUAUGUGUCUUGUGUUGUCGUGCUUGUUGGAAAUGGUUAAAGGCCAUGUUUAGCACAUCAUGCCAUACAUUGGGAGAACAGCCUAAGGAGCAACUAGGAAAAGAUGAAGAUCUUAGGGGGUAUGUUUUGCAAAUUCAAGACGACAUACAGUUUACUGAGAGGACAUUGAAACGCUUGUUAAAAUCUGUGAAUCGCUUGAUCCGAAAGGCAGAAAAACAACAACCCAAGAAUCUUAUGAAGCUUCUAUCAGAAUCUCGAGGUUUUGAAGGACUUGCGAAGUUUGACAGCAAUCAUGUUCCUUCUUUACUUUCACAAGAAUAUGUCAGUUGUUGGUCUUUGCCUUUGGUAACUCUAACAUCCAUCGCCAUGUCUCUACCUAACAUCGAAAAGAACAUGGUUGAUUGCUUGCUAAAUGGUGUGAGUGAGGGUCUUUUAUAUGUCACGCUUGUGGAAGAAAGCCUCAAUGCUACUGAUCAUGAUCAUGUAAGCAUUCAAAAGGCAGCUGAAACUUUGUGGGUAGAUGUUGAAGUGUACCACAAAUGGUUAGGAACUAAGCUGCCAAACCCUAAGUCUAAAGUGAAUACACCGGGAGAUAUUCUUAAAUGGUUAAGGGAUAAGGCUAAGAAGAAGGUCAACAAGGUGGAAAGUAUGGAUAUCAGAAGCCGAAGUUAUGGUUCUAAAUACAUGUCUAUUUGUGCCAAUUCAAUGUAUCGUAUCACUGAGACAAUCUUGCUCAACUAUCACGACAACAUUGAGCAGGUUAGCCAAGAGGAACUAUUUGCACAUGUAUCAUCAAUGAUCGCUGAUAUAAUAGCUGCUUGUCUCACCAAUUUACCCCAAGUCAUUCUAAUGAAAUGCCAUGAAAGUGUCAUAGAGAAAAGGGAGGCGAGUGUCCAAGCUGCAGCUCAACUUCUCGGUGAGACUACACAGAUAAUCAUCACUCUUCAAGAUCGUGAACUUCCAAGAUUGAAUCCAGACGAGUUGGCGUUUAUCGACAAGUGGUCAGGUGCUUACUUAGAGAAUUCCACCACCACCCACCUCCACCACCCAUCAUCAUCACCUAACCAACACCACCUACCACCACUACUUACCACCAAUCACAACCACUCUCCACCACCACCCACCAUCACCACCCAUCACUACCCACCACCACCAACCAACACCCACCACGUAUCACUACCCACCACCCAUCACCAUCCACCACCACCACCACCCACCCACCACAGCCACCACCCAUCACCCACCACCACCACCACCCACACCCACCCACCAAAACCACCACCCAUCACUACCACCACCACCACCCACAACCACGCCACCUCCACCACCCAUCAUCACCACCCGCCGCCGCAAGCCCCGCCCCCACCUAUAAAAACCACCACUCGUCACAACCAACCACCAUUAUCCACCAAUCACUACCACCCGUCACCACCACCUACCAUCACCACCCACUUACACCACCUGUUACCACCACCCGCCACAACCACCCCCACCCACCACCACCACCCCAACCACCCACUUACACCACCCGCCACCACCACCUACCCACCACAACCACCACCCGCCACCACCAAUCACCACCAACCACCACCCGCCACCACCAUCACCACCCACCAUCACCACCCAACCACCACCACCCGCCACCACCACCCACCUCCACCACCCAACACCCAUCACUACCCACCACCCAUCAUUACCCACCACCCACCACCAUCCUCCUCCACUACCCAUCAUGAUCACCAAACCAACACCACCUACCACCACUACUUACCACCCAUCACUACCCACCACCACCAACCACCACCCACCACCUAUCACUACCCAACACCCAUCACUACCCACCACCCACCACCUCCACAACCACCCACUUACACCACCCGCCACAACCACCCCCACCCACCACUCACCACGACCACCACCACCCAUCAACACCACCCGAAAACCAACACCAACACCCCCACCCAUCAACACCACCAGAAACCAACACCAACACCCCCACCCACCACCACCACAUGUGAUUAUAUCUAUGCAUAUGAUUUACAUGGAUACGAUUCGUUUUUGUCUAAAUAA